AUGGAGCCAAGGGACGCAUUGUGUUACGCAUGCGCCUUACGAAUGUCCAUCAUGCAUCAGGUGCCACCUCCAGCACCGUUGUCACAGGUAUGCCAGCUUAAUGACGGUGGGGAUGAGGGAAAUUCUAACAGCGAUGGGACACCGUUUGUCGAUGAUAUAUUUCAUCCGCAUUUUUUCAUUGUAUAUGAGACUCCAAGGAGUGCAUUGCGUUUUCUCGAUUUGAUGAGGGAGAACACAAUGGAUGUGGUGUGGUGUCAAAGGUUGCCUUUUCUUUGCUGUGCGUGCUUGGGACUGUACCAGUUCAUAGACUACGUCUAUGCACCCGCUGUAGCCGCAGCGGUUCGAACGAGUCCCUACACCGAUUCGGACUGUCUUUCUGUCAAUGUCAACGUGCACCGUUCUCUCUCUCUUUUGUGGCUGAUGGUAUCUGCCGUAUUUUACGGUGUUCGUGGUCGUGAGGGUACUCGUCCGAAACCUUUCGCCGUCAUUCCUGAGGAGCAUUGUAACUUUAAGGACUUUUUUAUGAGUGAUUUGCGGGCGCGAAUUCUGCAGUACACCAUGUAUCCGCAUUCGGCGAUAAAAGAUAAAAAAACGCCUGUGGGAUAUGAAACAUAUCUACGGGAGAUUGAGCGUCGCUGCAAGUAUGCGUCUGGCGGGACAGAGCCUCAAACCCUGCAAGCUUUUACGUACAGUCCAGAGAACGAGGGAGUCGUUGUGGACAUUUGCUGCGAGCACCAUCGUCUGAAGGAUCUCGCGGGUGGGGAUGCGGUUCCACCACAGUAUUGUAGUAACCGCUGCGAGGGCAUGAUAACCUAUAGCGUUCUGUACGACUAUGUGCAACCGUAUCUAGAAAAAAGUGGUUGGUGGGCCAAUACUGAAGCCGCGGGAGAACAUGUGAGGCACUUUGUGGUGGAGGAAACCGCAACGCUAUGCUGCAGUUUGCAGCACUCUAAUAUCCUGUUGAUUGGCAACUACCGCAAGAUGAAGCGUGAUCUCUCGCAGUCGCCGUGGUUUGUCAACGGGGAACGUGUUGGCACCUUCUCCCUGCAGGAGAUAAUUGCAAACCCAAUACUGUCUUUUUUCUUUCCCGAGGGUGUCACUUCGGUGCCGGUAGGGGCCGAGGCGCACGAGAGCGCCCUCCAGAGUGAAAAACGAACAAGGUAUGAGAGGGUUGGUUUGAAUUUGCCGCGUCCCGAGGAACGGCAGGGCAACCCGCAUCAGAUGGCUGCGCAGCAUGUUUUUGGCUUUGGACGCUACAAAUUUCACAGUGCCGGCCGUGAAGACGUGGAUGUGCGCAUGCUUGGAGGCGGGAGACCGUUUGUGCUGGAGGUCAUUUCACCGAGUCGUCAGCAGGUAAUGUCGUGGGAUCUUUCCGCAUUUGAAGAGGCGGUAAACAACAGCGAGAAGGGUAGUGUGGAGAUUUCGGACCUGCGCGUCACCGAUGCCGACAUCACCGUGAGAUUGGCGCGGCACUCACAGAGCAAAGUGAAGAAGUACCGCUGUGUUGUCUGGUGCAGCCGGGCAAUUGUGGACCCCAGCCACGACGAAUACUUUCAGGCUGCAAAUGCAGUGCGGGACCUCACGAUUGAACAACGCACGCCCAUCCGGGUGCUGCACCGGCGCUCCAUGCAGGUUCGCCCUCGUAUGAUUCACUCAAUUCAACUGACCCCACUGAAUGCGCAUUGGUUUCUGAUGGACCUGGAGACACAGGCUGGAACCUACGUGAAGGAAUUUGUUCACGGCGACAUGGGAAGGACGCGACCCCACUUGGGGGCUCUGCUGAAGGGACGAACAGAUAUCAUUCAGCUGGAUGUGUUGGGCAUGGCAAUGGAGGGACUUUAA